AUGUUCAACGUCAGUAAGCAUACCAAAAAUGACCAUGUGUACCGAGAAAUAGUGGAUAAACUGGCAGCAUUGGGGACCAGCGACUCUGUUAAGUGGCUUCCCAAGUCUCCUAAACUCUACAGCGGCCAUAACUGGAGCUCGCAGAGCUCUCGCUGGGCCUCAUUAAAGGGAAGAGAAAGUUUUCAUGAUGGCAAUGUGUAUAAAUUCAGCUCAGGCAAUGAAAAAUGGAAGGAAGGGAGAAUCAGUCCUGAGCAAGAAGCAGAGGAAUUGGAGGAUCCUGAUGAGGAUGAGCCGAUAUCCAAAUUUUCUGGCAGUCUUUUUGAUACUGAUGACAACAUUAAAGAUCAAAGAAACCCUAGAGGAGCUCUUCAGGAAAAGCACAAGGCAGCAGUGAAAGUGAAGCCUUUUCCAGAGGCUAACAACAGGCCGCAGGCUCCGGCCUCCACAGCAGGCAGCUUUCCAGCAGAGAGCAACAGGUUUCCAGAGGAAACGAAAGAGCAAGUUCCAAGAGCUGCAGAGGUGACACAGCCACCAUUAAAGAUAACCAUUACUGUGUGCAGUCAAAUGGGGAGUCUUGGUAUUAGCAUUGCUGGUGGAAAGGGCUCAUCUCCAUAUAAAGAAAAUGAUGAGGCAAUCUUAAUUGCACGGGUGGCCAAAGAUGGCCCAGCGGAGUUGACUGGGGUACAAGGAGGAGACAAAGUGCUGGAGGGAUCCAUCCUUUUAGAACCAAACACGCCUGACUCAGGUCCUGUUGAAGCACCAGCUAAAAGCAGCCCAUUCCAGACAGUAAACCACAUCAUAACAAUACCUCGAAUCAUCCUAACACGCCCUUCCACUUCAGAUGAGGACACCGACCAAUUAACCCAAGAUCCAGAUGACUUUGAGCUUGAGGAGAUGGAUAGUGCAGAAAGCCAGGGCUAUUCAGAGUGUUUGAACAAUGCUUUUUACCCUCCCUAAUAAAGUACUUUGAUAGAAGAACUUCAUGGUAUUCUUUUUUCGCUGUUGUUCUGUUUCUGUUAAGGUAGUACUUGAACCACUAUGCCUUAUUCAUAGUCGAAACCAGUACACGGGCUGAAUUUGAAUUGAAAAAAACAAAACAAAACUUACAUUUAUAUUUAUUUGCCUUGAACUUUACUUCAAUUGGAAUGAAUA